GGGAAGGAAAAGUCCAAAGAUUCCGGAGGUGAAGGAGUUUAGAUGCCGGCGAGCGGAGGAAUUAGCCAGCGUCAGAGAGAAGUGCCACGGCGGCGCUGCCCAUUGAGUCAGGUCAGGUAGGUUACUUGUUUGUUUCUGAGCCGCUAGUUUGGAGCUGAACACGUGGAGGUUCCGCCAGCAAGCAAAAUGAAAAAGCAGAGAAAAAAAACCAAAAAAAGGUCGCAAUAGAAAGCUUUUAUGCUUCCCAUAUGAUAAUCGACUCUGCUCCUUCUUCUCCCCUUUUCUUCCAUAAACCCUCCUAAACCCCCGUCUUCGUGAAACCCUUGAUCUGAAAGGAUCAUCAUCCCUAAGCAAAACUCGAAAUCCCCAUCUUCUCUCCUUCCAGCCAUUCUACCCAAAGUCGUGUGCUUUCUGAUCCAGCGGGGGCGCAAACGAAAUGUGGAGUUAGUUAAUCGAUUCCCAUAAAUGUGGAAGGCACAGCCAUCUGGCGCAACCAACACCGCCGCCGCCGUGAGAAUAGCAGAGAUUGCGCCCAGGGAGGAGGAGAAGGCAGAAAAUGACGGGCCGGAGAGGGGAAGGGCUCGAAUCCGCCGUCGUUUCACUGGGGACAAGGACUUGUCGCCUGGCCCUGCCUACUAUACCAUCUGCGCUCUUGGUGGCAUGCUCAGUGCCGGCACCACCCACCUUGCCAUCACUCCUCUCGAUGUCCUCAAAGUCAAUAUGCAGGUGAAUCCAAUAAAGUACAGCAGCAUAGUGUCAGGAUUCUCAACCCUUUGGAAAGAACAAGGCCCUUCCUCGCUUUGGAGGGGUUGGUCUGGCAAGUUGUUCGGAUAUGGUGUUCAGGGUGGCUGCAAAUUUGGCCUUUAUGAAUACUUCAAGACGUUUUACUCGGGAUUCCUGCCACUUCAAGACCGUACCUCCCUAUUCUUUCUCAGCAGUGCUUCAGCUCAAGUAUUUGCCGAUGUUGCGCUCUGCCCAUUUGAAGCUGUUAAAGUUCGUGUUCAGACACAGCCUCACUUCGCCAGGGGCUUGGUUGAUGGGUUCCCUAAAAUCUACAGGACUGAAGGCUUAGCUGGGUACAUUGAUUCCCUUUGAUAAACUUCGGCUACCAGAGUCUUAUUAAUUCUAUCAUGAGUGUGCUAUCAAGAAGAAUCAGUUCUUAUAACUGGAGUUGUUGGGACAAAGUCAAGUUACUUAUGUUUUGUGUUUUGUAAUGUUCAAUGCAGCUUUUACAGGGGGCUUUUUCCACUGUGGGCUCGCAAUCUUCCAUGUAUGUAGUAAUCUUCUGUUUCUUCUCAUGCUUGUGCUUGCACUUCUGUCGUUCCUGUAUGACUCUUACUGUUGACUUUGUGUUGGCAGUCUCGAUGGUAAUGUUUUCGACGUUUGAGCAUUCAGUGGAGCUAAUAUACCACCACUUGAUCCAAAGGACGAAGGAGGAUUGCUCGAGAAUGCAACAGCUCGGUGUGACAUGCUUGGCUGGAUACACAGCUGGAGCAGUUGGUACUGUGAUCUCUACACCCGCAGAUAAUAUUGUUAGCUCUCUUUACAAUAGGAAGGCAGACAGUGUGCUUCAGGCAGUGAGGAGCAUUGGGGUGGCUAAUCUCUUCACUCGAAGCCUUUCUAUUCGGAUCGCCCUCGUGGGGCCUGUCGUUACUUUGCAGUGGUUCUUUUAUGACACCAUCAAAGUACUAAAUGGACUGCCUACGAGCGGAGGGUUGAGCAGGGAACAUGAAGAUGGCGGCAUAUCUGCGUAACUUGAUAUAUGUAAGUAGAUACAUAUGCAUAGGUGACGGUAUUCUUGUUGGAUUUAUGAUAUAAGUAGAUACUUAGUACUAUUGAUGUGAUUUUUGAGACAGAAUUGUAUUGAGUGUGCGCUUAAUGCAAGCUCUGAAUCUUUAAGUUGGAGUUUGUGAAUUGGAUGGUGAACUAUAGAAGGGUGUUUUAGCAGGAAGAGAGAAGCCACACGUAUAUAAUGGCACAGUAUUGCUGAGUUUUUCCUCCAAUAGCCAGAGAAUCGUUUGAGGUUUUCCUCGGCUGUUGCGUCCUUGGUUGGUUUCUGUCAACCCACAGGCACAUAUCAGUCUUGCAAUUUCUUCUGUUCUAUAUACAUAGGCUUGUUUAAUUGAAUGGUCCAAUCCAAUUUGAGUGAAGUAAGAUGACAAAGGUGAUAAUUAUGUGAUAUCUGAUAACUAUUAGUUUGUCACCUUUGGAACCCAUUUGAACGUGCUAUUCAAUCGAUUCCAUUUGCUAGCUGCAGAUUCUUUCAUUCCAC